AUGGCAUCCAAGCGGCUUCGAGUUGCGUUUGUUCACCCAGAUCUUGGAAUUGGCGGGGCUGAGCGCCUAGUUGUGGAUGCUGCGCUUGGAUUGCAAAAGUUGGGGCAUGAUGUGGGGAUUUAUACGUCUCAUCAUGAUCCUACGCAUUGCUUCGAGGAGACUAAGGACGGAAGCCUGAAAGUGCACUACGUCCCUCCACCCUUCCCUCGCUCGCUCAAAGGCAAAUUCCACAUCAUCUUUGCGCAUUUGAGGCAGCUGCAUCUCUUUGCGACUAUGCUGCUUCAAGGCAAGACAAGAGGGUAUGAUGUUUUUUUCGUGGACCAGCUUUCGACGUGUGUCCCGUUUUUGAGGGGUGUGGCGGGGAAGAGGGUGGUGUUUUAUUGUCAUUUUCCGGAUAAGCUUUUGGCGGAUGGGGCGUUUGUGGAUGGUGGUGGUGGGGUUGUUAGGAGGCAGGGGUUGGUGAAGAGGUUGUAUAGGUUGCCGAUGGAUUGGUUGGAGGAGGUUACGACUCGCCAAGCGGAUAUCAUCCUUGCGAAUUCAAAGUUUACUGCGAGGGUUUUCAAGUCGUACUUCCCCUCGAUAAAGAAACUGCCCGAGAUCGUGUAUCCCGGUAUCAACCUGGAGGCGUAUGAGGGGACAUACGACUCGUCUGACCCCGAUGUUGCUUCGGUUAUUUCAAAUCGCCCGACCCUUAUUUCUCUCAACCGCUUCGAGGGAAAGAAGAACAUUGUGCUCGCACUGGAAUCGUUCGCCAAGUUGAAACUCCAUUCUGAAGGGAACCAUGCCAAAUUGAAGGAUCUCAGAUUAGUCCUGGCAGGAGGAUAUGAUGACCGUUUGGAGGAUAACCGACAUGUUAUUGCGCAGCUGCAAGCACUAGCUAAAGCACUGUCUCUAACCUACAUCAUCACCUCCCCUGCUCCUCUCCCACCCUCCCUCUCCUCCCCCUCACUACGCGAAGCUACAAACCCAGACGUCGUCUUCCUCCUCAACUUUACAACCUCCCAGCGCACGGCAUUGCUGAGGAGUGAAUCCACUCUUGCCCUCCUCUACACUCCAUCGAACGAGCACUUUGGGAUUGUACCGAUCGAAGCGAUGGCGUGCGGCGUCCCAGUGCUCGCGUGCAACUCGGGUGGACCUCUGGAGAGCGUCCUGUCUUCGAGUACUGAAGAGAUUGGGACUGGGUGGUUGAGGGAGCCCGACCCCGACUUGUGGGCCGCGUCUCUCCUGGAGAUCGUGUCGCUUUCGGAGGAGCAGCGGAAGCGGCUGGGUGAAAAGGCGAGGGAGCGGGCGAAGCGGUUGUUCGGGAUGGAGGCGAUGGCGAAGGGGCUGGAGGCUGCGUUGGUGGAGGCUGCGUCGAUGGGACCUGUAGACGCUGAUGAGGCCUGGGGUCCGUGGUGGAAGGUGUGGGUCAUGAUUCUCGGGUUCGUGUUGGCGUAUGUGUAUGGUUCCUUCCGGUCGUAA